ACAUUUUUGUGUUGUUUAAAGAAGUUUUAGUGAAAAUUUUUAGAGAAACUAAGAGAAAGAAGUACAGAGAGAGUGAGAGUUCAAGUGAAGAAGUAAGUAAUGGCAACUAUGUAUGCAGCUGCAAGUGCAUCUUCAAUGCUAGUGGCAAGACCUCGUUUGGCAAAGAGUUCCAUCAACUGCUCAGCUGGUUUGCCUUAUCUUCCACCUCGUCCAUCCGUUUCUUCAUUCUCUACCUCCAUCAGAAACUACCCAGAGUCAAGCAGCAGAUUUUCAACUCUCCGAGUCAAAGCUGAGGAGACAUCAUCUGGUUCUGUUGAGGUUAAUGAUAUAGUUGAAGACUUAAAAGAGAAGUGGGAUGCACUUGAAAACAAGUCUACCGUUCUUAUCUAUGGUGGUGGGGGUUUGGUUGCACUUUGGCUAUCUACAGUAGUGGUUGGCGCCAUCAACUCAGUUCCUCUGCUUCCAAAGAUCAUGGAACUAGUAGGACUUGGUUACACCGGAUGGUUUGUCUACCGAUACCUUCUCUUCAAGUCAAGCAGAAAGGAACUAGCCAGUGAUAUCGAAUCCUUGAAGAAAAAGAUUGCAGGAACCACCGAAUAGAGUCGACAUAAGAUGGUCUUGCAGUGGGGCUAUUUUGUUUAUUGUCCUUAGAUUUAUUUGAGAAUCAUUAUAUGGCUCUUGUUUUUUCGUUCUUCUGGAUCUCAUGUAUAAGAGAGAUGUACUUGAGCCCUGUUAAUGUUAAUAAAAGUUCUUUUUUUACUUCA